UCGUAUAAUCUCAGCUACACCUUCGUUCUUCGAUAGUCUACCAUAAGAUUCCACAGCAUGAGGUUCUAUUUACUGAUUUUAGCGGCAUUGCUUCAAAUUUUAAUUAAUUUUGUUGCUACCGAUGAGAAAUGUCACAAAUUGUGUGAUAUUAAGAAACAACCUCGUCUUGAAUCGUAUUGUUCGUAUAUUCCCCUAUAUAAAUGCUGGAAUGUGAUACCCACAAAAUGUAAUGUUGAGAUGAAGAAAUGUUUUAAUAAGAAACUUAAACAACCAGAUGAAACAUUCUUGAAGGGUCACUGUAAAAGUCUCCGGAAAAAACCCCUCUGCAAAGUCAGGGAAUACAACAUUACAUGGAGUUUAAAUACUGACAAAUAAAAGUCAUAGUCCGUGCCGAAAAUGUUGCAAUAAAUAAAGGCUUUCUAAAGAAUGGA